AUGUUGGUGUCCCCCGAAAACUUCGGAACUGUUGAGCCGGGCGUAUACCGCUGCUCUAAACUCGAAGUUGAAAACUUCCAAUUCUUGGAAACACUAAACCUCAAAUCAAUUAUACUUUUGGACGCAGAAAACCCGCCACGUUCAUUAUCAAAGUUCCUUGAGGAAAACAAAAUUGACCUUUACAGUCUAGGAGACUUGAAAAUAUCCAAUCAUCAGCAUACCGGGAUGUCAUCCAAGACUGACCUUGAGGAUUACACUGUAGAUAAUGACGAUUUAACUUCAAAUACCUCAACUAGAUCAUCCACAUCGGCUUCCACUCAACUUCAACAACAGCAGCGACAACAACAACAAUCACAGCAAUCGUAUAUUGACCCACUCACUCCGAUACCCAUACUUUCCCGAAAUAGUAGAGAUCAAUGGAUGUUGAUUGAGAAAAAUAUUAUUGUCAAAUCAUUUGAAAUCAUAUUAAAUAAUAAACGACAUCCAAUACUAAUUGUUGACUCCACGGCAACACUUAUUGGUAUUUUGAGAAAGAUUCAAAAAUGGAACUUCAACUCCAUUUUGAAUGAGUACAGGAUUUUUAACGGCACGAGUACUAAGAAUAAUUAUUUUGCAGAGACAUUUUUGGAGUUGAUUAGUAUUGAAUUGAUCCCGUAUGAAAAUCGAAAGAAAAGUCCAUUUGGAAGUAGACGGAAUUCGAUGAGACGCAAGUCACUAGGCCAACAUCAAGCUCAGCAAAUGUUGAAAAAUCAAGCAGGUGAUGACAGCCCAAUACUUGCGCAAGCGCAGAGUAAGCUCUCAUCUGGUCCAAGCAGUGGUGCUCAUAGUACCGACGAGGAUGAUAGUGUUCUUGUGGAUGGCAACGAUGACGGAGACUACAAUGAAGAUGACAUUGAGGGUGAAGACGACUACGAUGAAGGGUACAGCACUGAUGAUCUAGAUGAUAUGGAUGAUGAUCUCCUUUCAGCUUCUCCACAAAUUCCUGAAAACUUAUUGAAGUUCGUAGAGCAAAGAAAACAAGAUAAACAAAAUCAAUUUCCAACAAGCGGUAGGAAUUCCAUAGAUAACAAAUCCGAUACUGAAUCAGCUUCAACUUCUCCACGAUUGAUGCGCAUACCUAUUCAACACAGCAGAACUAAUAGUGGCUCAAAUAGUCGAAGUAAUAGUUUUACAAAUGCGGACUCGUACUUGAGCACCGUUCGAGGAAUGGAUCGCCGUAAAUCAUCAGGAGACAUUAUUAAAAACAUAAAAUUCCGCAACCCUCAACAACAGUUUCCUCAUAGAACUUCCUUAGAAAGUUCAUCGCCCGUAUUAAAAAGACGAGACUCCAAACAGUGCUCAGGGUCUUUCUACAUGAACGACGAUGGCAAUAAUCCAAAACCUGUUGAAUUCAUGUAUUAUAAAAAUAUAAACAAGUAUGAUGUGAAGUUUGAAAAUGUGAGGAUGAUAAAAUUCAAACUACCUGCCGAGCAUAGACUCCCUAAAUGGUUUAUUAAAGGACGUGAUAUGUGGGAAGCAAACUACAAACUAUUGAAUAAAGAAGUUGUGUAA